UAUCAAACAGGAAACGCUCCCAAAAGGACAGACAACAGUUUAGUUGGAAGUCAAGUUAGCACUGCGGAGACUUCCAGUUAUAGCAUAUGAGUAGCAGCUCUUCGGCCGAAAGAGGUGUUAUUAAUACGUAACCUAGCCUGGGACUUACACCGGCUCCGAGAAGCUGUUAAACCACUAGAUACAGUGCAGCAGUGGUUAGUAUCCACGGUGCUGGGUCAGGACAGCAGGGCCAGGAGCUAGCGGCUGUAGCCUCGGCGGGACCACACUGGCCGGGCAGACAUGGACAAGGGAGACUUCCUGAAGGGACUGCCCGUCUACAACAAAAACAACUUCAGCAGGUUCCAUGCAGACUCUGUAUGUAAAGCAUCCAAUCGCCGACCGUCUGUGUAUCUUCCCACACGAGACUAUCCAUCAGAACAGAUUAUUGUCACAGAAAAGACAAACAUCCUGCUGCGGUAUCUACAUCAACAGUGGGAUAAAAAGAAUGCAGGAAAAAAGCGAGAACAGGAACCAGAAGGGGAAAACACGGCGCCUCCACGAAAGAUUGCCAGAACAGACAGUCGGGAGCGGAAUGAGGAUUCAUAACUUCGUUGACUGUUGACGCUUUCCAACUAGAGACUGAUAUCCUCGAACAAAACACAGACAGGGAUGCAAACCUGCGCUGUGACGAUGGAGCACAGGAUUCAGGAUAUUUCAGACCACAGCUGUCACAAUAGUAAACAGUAAACAUCAGAUUUCUUCUCAAACCAAAACAGCUUUCAUGAAACAUAAUUUUUUUUUUUUCCUAUAAACCGCCACCAUCUAGAGUUGAAGUGUUGAAAAUGCUCUAAAUCUACCUCCUCAGUUUAUGAUUCAUUUGGUUAUAUUCACGUAUGCUCACAACUUUUUUUUUUUUUUUAAUUCCUGAAAUGCGGGUGUGAAGUAAUUACUCAUCUACUGCCAGUUAAGAGUUUACACUGCAUUGUUAUUACACAGUGUUUGAAAUAAUGCAUGUUUUGUAGCAUGCCAUCUUAAGUUUUUCUCUUAAUCUUAUGAGGUUUUUUCAGUUUUGGAUCACAUAUAGUAAGAGUUGUUCUUUUUAAAAUGUUAUUUUGGUUUCAUUUUAUGUGAGUGCUGGCAUUAUACUGGUGAACUAGGAAAAACAUAGUUCUGUUCGGGGUAGAAACCGAGUUAUGAUGCAGGACUUCAUCAAGGGCUGUGCCACAUAAAAGAUAAGGUUGCUUAAGGAAAUGCUUUGUUUUAUUCAUGAUGAAUAAUGGUUUAUUGCCUUAAAUGGAAUCAAGUCUGUUGUACCUUUUUAUUUAAAGACAGAAAUCAACCAUUCUUGAGUCAAAGGUACAUAAUCAUACUAAGUAAUGCAAAAGUACAAAAGUACUUGGAAGUAAUGCAAAAGUACAUUGAUGGCUGAAUGGUUUAAUGCUCAUUAUUUUGAAACUCCAUAAGCCGUUCUUGUAUUUUUUUUAUACUAACAAAGUACACAUUAUUUCAAGGAAUAUUUGAAGUCUAGAUGCGUGUGAAGUCAUAUGUUAGCAAGGCUAAUAUGUAGGCUGCUUGAGAAGUUUUGCCAGUCACAUUUUCUUACAUAGGAGGUUAAUUUGAGUAAUUUCAGAAGGAUAAAUAUUUUUGACUAACAUACUUAAAAUAGAUGGCCAUGUAUACCAUGCGUUUACUGCAUGUUGAGUGUCGAGCUCACUUUUAGAAUGCACAGUAUUUGUCCUGGAAGUUUGCAGGGCUUUCACUUCUCACGACGGCCACAUUUUUUCAAGUUGUUCAGACAAAUUUUCCGCUGUCCCGGAAGAAUCGGCCCACGUUUGGUCAGAACUGCGGUAUAUGUGCAGAGGAUGCGGAAAAAAAUGAACAGUUAAAAGACCAGACAGUUCAUGCUCAGUUGUUAACGGCUGCUUUUCAAGGUUGUGUUUACUUGAGCUGUUUAUGCAGGAGUGUAAACUCAGUGUAAGUUUCUCAAGUAAAACUGAGCUAUUUUUAUUUUUCCCAGCUCUUCAAAGAAAAGUUUGAUUUCUACCUUUGACACAUGACUCUGUUUGGAAUGUGUUUGUUUGCUUUGAAUUUAUUGUAUAAAUCUUUUGCCAUUUAAAGAUCUUUACUUGUGUGUGUAUAUUACAGUAAGUGUUACAGUAAAGCCUUUGACUUGGCAAACGGUCACAUCUCUGGGUAAAAUUCAACAUAA